AUGUUUGAAGCGAAGGACCCAAAGAUAAAGCUGUUUGGGAAGACCAUUCAGCUGCCGGAGAUUCCUCCUGUGUCGGUGGCGGCGGCCUUUGUGACGGCGGAUGAAGUAGGUGGAGCUGAUCCAGUUCAAUCUUGCAAUGCUGCUGCCAAUGAUAGUUCAAUAAAAGAUCGCUCUUGUUCAUCGAAUUCUGUAAUUGAAGUUAUAACUUUGGAUAUAGAUGCAGAAGAGGAAGAAUCAACAAUGGAUUUAUCAGGUCAAAAACAGGAAAAUAGUGAUGUCAAGGAUGGAGCACAACCUUUGAUGUCAGAGGAGUUAAAAGAUUCUAAUGUGACUCCACCAACAAAUAAUGAUUCAAAGGCACCGGCUAUCGAUAACAAUGUUUCAACAUUGAAAUCUUCUAAAACAGUAGACAAUUCGAGCGAGACAAGUACCUCUCAGGAGAAAUCACUUAAGAAGCCAGACAAGAUACUUCCAUGCCCUCGCUGUAAUAGUAUGGACACAAAGUUCUGUUACUUUAACAAUUACAAUGUUCACCAGCCUCGGCACUUCUGCAAGAAAUGUCAGAGAUACUGGACAUCUGGUGGGACCAUGAGGAAUGUGCCGGUGGGUGCGGGUCGCCGUAAGAACAAGAAUGCAGCUGCUCAUUACCAUCACCUAAUGGUCUCGGAAGCACUUCAGAAUGCCCGAGUUGAGCUCAUGAAUGGAAUUCAGCCGCAGUCUCUGCACCCCAACGGCACUGCCCUUGCUUCAGACGCACCCCUAUGUGAGUCAAUGGCUUCUGUUUUGAGCAUUGCUGAUAAAACAAUUCAAAACUGCUCGGGGAACGGGUUUCAUGAACCAAAAGAAAAGGGAAUUUCAAUAUCUUAUGGAAAUAAUGAUAAUGGGGAUGAUCACUCGAGUGGAUUGUCUACAGAAAAUUCAAACAACAAGGUCGGUGAAGCUGGGUUACUUGACUCACAAAUGAAAAACUUUCAUAGCUUUACUCCUCAGGUACCUUGCUUUUCUGGAGCCCCGUUCCUUUACCCGUGGAAUUCGAUUCAAUGGGGAGCUCAAGUAUCCUCCUCUGCUUUCGGACCUACUAGUUUCCCUCUGCCAUUCUAUCCUACGGCACCAUACUGGGGUUGCCCAGUAACCGGCCCAUGGAAUGUUUCUUGGGUGGUCCCACCCACUUCUUCACACAACCACACACCUCCGGGUUCCGGUCCUGAUUCCCCAACUUUGGGGAAGCAUUCACGGGACGACGACAUGUUGAAGCCAGCCAGCAACAACAAACACGAGACACAAAAAGAGAGUAAUUGUGAGAAGUGCUUGUGGGUUCCCAAAACACUGCGAAUUGAUGACCCGGGAGAAGCUGCAAUGAGUUCCAUAUGGGCAACACUGGGUAUAAAAAACGAAAGAAUCCAUUCUUUUGGUGGACGAGGCCUCUUCAAAGCCUUCCAGAGGGUAUCAAAGGAUGAUGAGAAGAAGACUCACGUUUCUGGAACCUCUACAAUAUUACAAGCCAAUCCAGCGGCAUUAUCCAGAUCAUUGAACUUCCAUGAGAACUUGUCAGCAGAUAAGUGA